AAAGAGGAAACGUCUUCAACAAAAGCAGCAGCAGCAUACAACAAAAGCAGAGGGAUCUGCCAAGAGCAAAACCAAAGACAGUGCAUUAAGCAAACUCUUCCGUUCAAAGGUGUUGCUAGGCAAGGUGGUGUCAAAAGUUCAGGCGGCAACAAGCAGUGGAGCCAGAGCUAAGACGUCAGGAGUGCCUGUUGUGGUGGAAGAGAAAAAGCCGGUUGAGGUGCAGGUCGAUGCGUCUAAGACCAGCACUCUUGAGGCCGCUGCCAAACCUGAAGAACCUCCGGCGCCAAAACCAGAGGAGAAGAAACUAGAAAAGAAAUCCACUUUUGGAAACAUGUUCAAACCCAAGGUUCUGCUCGGCAAGGUGAGCAGCAGGAUCCAGGCUGCGGCGUCCAGCGCUGCCGCCAGCAUCUCCCUCAUGUCUGCUGCAGCGGCACCAGAGCCCAAGAAGGACACUCCAGCUGCUCCUCCCGUGGCAGAAGCCGCUCCACCCGCAAAGGCCAAAGAGGAGCCGAGACCCACCACUCCUGCACAGCAAGCGGUCCCGGACAACAAAUCAGCCGACAGCACAGGGAACGCCUCCCCCAACAUGCCCCACAAGCUGGAGAAGAGGAACUCCCUCCAGCUGUUCUUCAAAAACCUGGGCCAAAAACGCCAUUCUGAUGCCGGAGUGCAAACGGACCCUGUGGCACCCGAGAAGGCCAAAUAAAACCCCGCCUUUGUUUUGAUCGCUCAUCUGUGCCAAAACCAUUGGCAGCCAUGCACAUAAGAACAUAUUUACCAAAGUUGGGAGGUAUUAUGCUGACUUGCAAGGCCCAAGUUUGAAGUAACUAUCAAAUAAUAAUCUGAAUUCCCAUGCAUUUAAUGAGAGCAGAAGUAAGUGUAACGAUUUCCCUGUUAAGCAAGUGCUACAUGUGUUUAUGACCGGAGGGAGGAACUCGUGUUGUUUUUCAGAGAGAAACGUGUCAGAGUUGCGUGGUGUGGCAUGAGAUGGAAAAGUGAAAGUGAAAAUGUAAUCCUGCAUUGAAGAUAAACUCCCUUUUUUAUGUGCAUGUUAAAAUGUAAAAUAUGUUAACUAUACUAACACUACUUAUAUUGCAUCACACAUUAAAGCCGAUGCAUUAAGAUGCCUUUUCACCGGGACAAAGAUAACAUCAUGAAAAGAAUUUAUUUAUGUAAUCAUACACUGUCAUCUGAUUAUGAAUAAAAUGACCCAUCGUCUGCUGAAUUCAAUCACUGAAACCUACAAAGCCAAUUUGAAUUCCACUUAAAGUGCAAAACUUCUGAAUCACUUUAAUAAAUCCAUAGAAAUCACAAUUAUUUAUUUAACAUAAUGUCAAUCAAAUUGAGCACCAUAUAUUAUUACUCCAAAUUAUUCGGUUAUUUAAGUUCAGCCCAGUUUCUAUUUAAAAAAUAAUAAUUGUUUUCAUUUCUACAAUUGUUUAUUAAUCAUAACUUACUAACUAAACCACAUUACAAUUAUUGUCUUUUUAUUUGCUUGGCCGUCCAUUUCUGACCGGAGGAGACUAAAAAGAAAUUAAGCUAGUUAAAUGUUUUAUUUUCUUUCUUAUUUUCCGAACAUAUCAGUUGUUAUUAGAACAGUAUGAAAUAAAUAUGUGGUAUACAGUUAUGCAAUAUACAAUGUACAUUCAAUUUAGCUGCAGUCACAUGUGUUUUAUGAUUUUCUUCCUAAUUAUCGCUACAUUUGUAAAGAGUAGAUGGGCCUAAUUAAGAAUUCAGACUGUAUCCAUGAAUCUUAGACUUUCUGUAACUCCUUUGUUGCAUUUUUGUCUAUUUAACCAAUUUAUAAAAAUAAAAGAAUCAUUUCUCUCCUCUGUAAAAA